AUGACCAAGGACUGCCACCUGCUCGGCACCUUCGACCUCUCCGGCAUCCCCCCGGCGCCGCGCGGUGUGCCCCAGAUUGAGGUCACCUUCGAUCUUGACGCCAACGGUAUCCUGAACGUGACGGCCGAGGAGAAGGGCACUGGCAAGCGCAACCAGAUCACCAUCACGAACGACAAGGGCCGCCUGAGCAAGUCGGAGAUCGAGCGGAUGGUCAAUGACGCUGCCCGGUACGAGGCCGAGGACCGCCUCCAGCGCGACCGUGUCGAGGCGAAGAACGCGCUCGAGAACUACGCCUACUCGAUGAAGAACACGAUUAACGACACCAAUGUCGCUGGCAAGCUGGACGAGUCGGACAAGAAGACGAUCGAAAGUGCUGUCGAGGAGGCCCUGCGGUGGCUUAACAACAACCAAGAGGCGUCCAAGGAGGAGUAUGAGGAUCGUCAGAAGGAGCUUGAGGGCAAGUGCACG